AUAAUAAUAAUAAUAAUAACCACAUCGUGGAAACAAUAACAUCUAUGUCUCUCUCAAUCUCUCUCUCUCUUUCUCGUCCUGUUUCUCUCUCUCUCUCCAUCUCUAGGUCAGGUGAAUGCCACUGGUGAGUUGUAAUGCAGUAUUUACUUUCCGCAACAAAAAAAAACUGUCAAGAAUGCAGUUCAAUUAUAACAACGCAUUCCCUUACAUCUAUGUCUCUCUCUCUCUCUUUCUCUCUCAAUCUCUCUCUCUUUCUCUUCCUGUUUCUCUCUCUCUCUCCAUCUCUAGGUCAGGUGAAUGCCACUGUAGAGCCGAAGACUCCCACUAGUAAGUUGUAAUGCAGUGUUUCAUUCUGCACAAAAAAAACCAAACCAAAAACAUUCACACACCGACGGCGGUGUCGACCACAGAAGGCGGCGAUCAGGUCGUAGGGUGCGGUUAGGGGGAGAUGUCUUGCUCAGGAAGACCUCGACACUAAGCUAGGAGGAGCCGGGGAUCGAACUAGCAACCUUCCGGUUACCAGCCAGCCCGCUCUACCUCUUGAGCCACGUGCUGCUCUAAUAAUAGGAUGGACGUGCCGACAAUAUAAACGUACACAGAGAAUGAAACGGGGAAGGAGGAAGCGACAUGAAGUGAUGUGCUCACACUCACGGCAUUGCAGCCCUGGUGUUCAAAUCUUUUUUUAUCUUUUUGCCUUGCUCCGCGACAGAAUUUGCAACCGGAUGUUAUGUGACACGGCUCCCUCACACAGGGAGAAGCCAUGACGAUGAAGCGUGUCAUUCAGGACGGUGUUAUUAAACCGUCUGCCUGGAGACAUGUAAAUCCAGCGUGAACAACAGUCUGAAUGCGUAUGAUGAAGCAAUGUGUAACACAUGAUGUGUGUAUGAAACACACACUCCCGAAACAACAAUUCUUUUCGACAAAUUGAUUGUGUUGAAUCGAUGUUGUCUGCGAUAGCGGCUGCACCGGUCCACAUGCCGGCCCACUUAGUGUGGGCCGGCAUGUGGGCCAUUACUUAGUGUCUGUUUCCUCACCCUUGUUUUCCUUUCCCUAGGUCCUCCACCCCCCCUGUGUAAUUACAGCGGUGUAGCAGAUAAGACUGGCUUUCUGUUCACCUUUGAAAACGUCACUGAGGGCAACUACAGCAUCGAGCUCACUGAACUAAACACCAGGGAAUCGAAAGAAGUGACUGUGGCCCUGAGUGGCACAAACCCAACCCAUCUUCUACAAUACCUAAAGCCUUCGACUGUUUACACAGUUCACAUUAGUCCAAGCAAAUAUCUAACAAUAACGUGUGGAAGGAAUCUGGAACUGAAAACCAAUGGCAUCAAUCAGGAUGAAAUUGAAGAAAUUAAAACCGAUUCCUACGAAGAGAUUUGUUACGAGACUGAAUGGAAUAUCAGUAAUGCGAAGUUUGAUGUGUCAAGCAAAAAGUAUGAAUUCUGCAUCAAACCGAAGUACACAGACCUUUGUACAAAUUUGACAACCAGUUAUCCCCCAUUGAACUGGACCAAAUGGAUCGGUUUAGAAUACUUGAAUCCCGUCGACAUUACACUUCAAGUUCCCAAUAAACUUCCAGCAGAAAUCAACUGGAAGAAUCAAGAGGAUUUAAAAUGUAAAGGUCUUGGAAUUAAUUUCACCUGCCAAGGCCCUGACACAACGAAAUACAAGCUGGAUGAGCUAGAGCCUUACACGAAAUACACAUGCACUGGUGUACUGUAUAACCUGGAUAACAAAACCAUUGCCAUUGAAAAGAAUGUCACCAAAGAAGUCAACAUCACUUGUGAAGAUAUAAAACUGGAUGUGAAAAAUACAAAUAAAAACGUGUCAAUACGUUUUAACUGGACGGCAAGCAGCAAACAAUGUUCAAAUCUCUCACAGCAUAACAAACUCUCGUACAGUUGUAGCUGUGGCAAGGCUCAUCACGGUAAGGUCAUUUUUGUUACGUCUAUUCAUGAUCAUCUAUAUUCAUCCUCGUGAUUUUAGAUCUAUUAAGAUAUUUAUUUCAAUUCAAAUACAAAGAAAGAAACAAGCCAUGCAGUCUGUUCUACUGUUGGUCAAUGGUGUCUUCAUCUAUUUCUUUGUCUCCUUUAGCUCCCUCCUCAAAGGAGCGUUCUUGUGAAGUGACUGGUUUGCUGCCCUUCACUUUGUAUUAUUGCGAAAUUCAACCUCGUUUCAACGAUAAACCCAUUGGCACGGCAACCAAACAACCGAGCAAAACCAGCGCUGGAGUGCCCGAUACCGUUGCAAUUAAAAGACCAACUCAGGUGGAGAACAACGCCUUCCUGGUGGAAUGCAAACCUUUAGAUCAGAAUGCCUGGAGAGGACCAGAAACAUGGUACCGCGCCACAAUCACUGGAUUUAAAGAGAUAAAACAAAACAACUGUUCUUUCAAAUUCCGUGAUCUGAGCUACUCCACGGGGUACACGGUAUCGAUCUUCGCCUUCAAUGGAGUGAAUUCCGGGAAAGCGGGGGAAGUCCGUAUUCAGACCAGCUGUAUUUCCAGCGGGGUUCUGCUGCGUGUCCUGGUGCUGCUGGGCUUCUCCGUCCCUACCCUGGUGGUUCUGCUCCACCUCUUUGACUGGUGGAGAACCAGAGGUAACCAGACGGCAACAGAAGAGUGCAUUGGUCUGAACUCUGCCAGUGACGCACCACCAGCCAGAGUACACCUCGGCCCAGGGGCCAGUGACGAGGACCAAGCGGAUCCUGAUGAAAUUAGCGAUGAUGAGGCUACCUAUGAAAACCUGGGGGACCCUCCCAGAUGUGUUGAGGACACUGCAGACCACAGGCGUCCAUUGUGUCACCGUCCACCAACUGUCAAAAUGACAAACGUCUGGACAACACGUGCUGAAGCUGGGGAAGUUGUCGGAGCUAGCUUGUGUGCUGUGUUCAGAUGCAUUAUAACCGACUGAACAAACUUUGUUUCCCUUGGUCCUUAAACAAGCAGUUAGACCCUACACAACAAUCAGUAGAUCUACACUCGGUAGGCCUUAACACCAAUUAGGCUGUACAUAAAUUACUAGGGAUGGGAAAAAUAAUCGAUUCUUCGAUGCAUCGCGAUUCUCGCUAGAACGAUUCUGUCUCGAUGCAGAUAAAUUUUUUUUUUUUUUUUUGCCUGCUACAACAAUCUGUUCGCCAGAGAGGGAUAAUUUUUGUAAU